AGAACCACUCAGUAUAGUACAAUCAGAUGAAGAAUUUGUCCCAGUUAACAUGAGAAGGGACUGUACACAAUAUGCUCAUAGCGUUGCCCCGCAUAAUCUCCAAACUUAAACGCUGAAACAAAAAGCAAGUGGAACGACUCUCGCCUGUUCUCAUGAACAGCUUCUUACCAAUCUCCUUUAACUCCUGGACUUAAUGAUUUACAAGGAAUUUUUUAACAUAACAAGUUAAAUAAGUACUUGAUACUUAUAACAAGUUACUUAUAACAAGUUAGUAGUUAGUUAUUAUUAUUAUUAUUAUUAUUAUUACAUUAUUAUGACAAUCCGCGCGGAGCUGGAUGGAUUUUGAACGCAAGAUUCCUGUGAUUCUGUUCGGGCUUUCGACAAAGUUACUUGGGGGGAAUGUAAAAUGAACCCCAGGUAAUUUGGGUACGUCGUUUCCUCGGUUCUGGGUCGAAAUCUUCUGUUCUGUAGAACUUUGUUUCUGCCCUUUUUACUGUCGUUUGCAGCCUCUUAUGCCGCCACAGUCGUUUUCAUGCUCGGGAUGCGGCAAGGAAUUGCGUGGAUGGGGGAACCACAAGAAUGCCUGCCCGAAAAACUUGUCCUCUACGCUAGAGCAAAUCCCGAUCGCCCCCCCAACCUCCUUCUCCCAACCUGCGGACUCCCUCCACUUUCAUCUCCCCAAACCAUCAUCGAUCUGUUGAAGGAUGCGAGAAAAAAGGGAAAAAUUAACAAAGGAAUCCCCAGGGCGGCCCGUGCACAAGCAGCAGAAACCUUUGCCAGGGCUGUUGAGCAGUGCGUGAAGGAGCCCACCGUCGCCCAUUGGACAUCUCUGUUACUUUUUGCGUCUCAGUGCUUUGCUACGGAAGGAGAGGUUUCGUCAAAGAAAAAAGAAUCUCUGACCGGACGUUUUCGACGACAGCUACGCGAUUUUGAGAGCGGAGUUAGGUCUCCCCCCAGCAGCACCCCCACAAGCCGUAUCCGUGGCGGUAGCCGGUCGACAAACGAUGCAGAGCACUUACGCCGUAUGGUUGAAUCGUGUAUUAACGAGUGUUCUGUUCACAAGGCAGUUGCCAGGUUGGCGUCGGAGGAAAGUGUUUUGAAUAUCGAUGCCAAAGUUUUGCCAGUUCUACGAUCAAAGCAUCCCGAUGCACCUUUGGACACUCAUUUUCCCUCACCUAGCGCCAAUGACAUUCCUGCAUUUCCCCCCGUUACGGCCGCUGAAGUUAUUAGUGCCGUUUUCAGUUUUCCUAGCGGUUCUGCAGGAGGUUUGGAUGGUCUCCGUCCGCAGCACCUUAAGGACAUGUUGAGUUGUAAAGAUGCUGUCGAGUCUCCGCUAUGUAUUGCAUUGUGCAAGCUGAUUAAUUUUCUCGUUGCUGGCAAGUUACCGGAGGUGCUGAGACCUGUUCUGUUUGGCGCAAACCUAAUUGCUUUGUCAAAGAAGGAUGGCGGAGUUCGGCCGAUCGCUGUGGGUAACGUAUUGCGAAGACUAGCAGCAAAGAUUGUCACAAAGCGUUGUGGGAAAAAAGCGAAUGAACUGUUCACCCCUACUCAAGUUGGAUGUGGUACACGUGGUGGAGCAGAAGCGGCUGUACAUGCAGUCAGAAGUUUUAUUCACGAAGAGCACGACGGCUUGCGUGUUUUAUUCAAAAUCGAUUACAGAAAUGCAUUUAACACUGUCCGUCGUGAUAUUAUGUUGCAGUCGGUCCUAGAACACUUCCCAGAAUACUACCCGUUUGUUUUAAGUGCGUAUGGAGCGCCGUCUGUCCUCUCAUGUUGUGGCAGUGAUGAGGAUUUGUCAUCCGCCACGGGGAUCCAGCAGGGUGAUCCUAUGGGCCCAUUGCUCUACUGCCUCGUCUCCCUACUGCUCUGCAUCAGUUUGUUGUCGAAAUUAAGGGUGUUUUUCCUGGACGACGGUGCUCUGGGAGGUACGGUGGAUGAAGUUGCAGACGACCUGACUGCUAUCGUCGCCGCCAGCAGCGCCGCUGGACUUAAGUUAAAUCCUGCAAAGUGCGAAAUGCUACUAAUUGGUGGAAGUGCUGAAGAACGCGAGGUGGCCAAGAACAGGCUGCAUUCAAUUGCUCCCGGUGCGAUUGUUUUGCAGCCUGAAAUGAACGCUUAAAAUUAUUGAAUGCCCAUCACGGAUUCUACCUCUUGCGGAACUGCCUGUCCAUCCCAAAGCUGAUGUAUACCCUGCGUUGUAGUCCUUGUUGGAAAGUGCCGGAGCUGCUGGAUGAUUUUGACAGGCACGUCAAAGUAACAUUGGAAGAAAUCACCAACACCAAAUUGGACGGACCUGUCUACACGCAGGCAAUGCUCCCUGUUGCCAAAGGAGGUUUGGGUGUGCGACGAGCGAAAG